AGUCAGGACAGAAUAAAAAAUGGACGACCAAUGGACGGAAUAGCAGUAGAGCUCUGGGUGUAAUUAUCUUUCGGAACAGUAAAGGUAGAGUAUCGCGUGAAGAACGUGUUUGACUUUAAUGUCGAAUUGUCCUUGUGAGGAGCAUGUGUAUGCAGCUUUUAAUAACUCGAUCGAUGAUUAUUUCAGCAUCUCGACGACACAGCCACUGCUACUCUCAAGCACGAGUUUAAUAAAUAUCCCUACUGCACCAACGAGCUCUUUGAUUGCAAGAUCUACCCGCCUCUCCUCCUUAGAGUUCUAAAGGUAACUGCACUUCUACCGACAGCACGACCUUCCUACUUUCUCAGCAAAAGAUCUUUUACCUUGAAGUCAAGUAUUACCUAGUAGAUCGCAGCUACUCCACGUUCUCAACUACCGUCUGCUUCGCAGAGUCAUUAUUUCACUGGUCGAUAUUACUAAACGAGGACGAGGAGCACUAGCCGAAACUGUAGUAAAAAAAGUAGAACACUCGUCACAAAUUUAAAAUCCGCACGGGUGUUUCUAGAAUCACAAAGUUGGAAGGACUAGAGAGAGGUCUAAGCAGAAGAAGGAGCUGCUUCUAUCGCAAGAAAGGCACGACAAGACACGCACGACAAGAUUUUCGAUCUUUUUUAGUCUUCUCGAGUUGAAAUUGUAAAACAGCGACAACAAGGACAACAACAACAAAAAAGAAACGUGCGACAAUUCAAUUUAUUCACUUACUAACUCUACUAGGCUGGGAUGCAUGACAAAUGAGCUACGGGACGACUUCCACACGACCUGCACGAUAGCACUGCAUUUUUAGCAUCACAAAUAAUACUCGCGUUGCUCUUAUAGCAUCAGAAAUUUGUUAUCAUUUCCUCAGCAGUAGAAAACAAGAUGAACGAUGCGGAAAAGGACCGGUUCCAGGAGCUGAAGGACAGUAUGGGAGGAGAAAGAGAAAAAUUUGUGAUGCUAGUUUCAGCUACAAAUGCGCAACCUGUCAUGCUGUACUCGCAUGAUCAUAGCGGAUCUUGUUGUUCACGACGAGACGGCGAUGGAUUAGCAUAGGAAAAAAUUUGUCAUGCAUACAGCGUACAUACUAUUUCAACUUCGGCUGUCUUUGAUAGCAUGACAAAUAAAUUGUUUCUCUCGUCCUCCAUAACCGAAGCAAAGACGAACAAGGAUGCUAUGACGAAGGAGGAGCGGGCCCAGUUCCGCGAGCUAAAAGCAAAAAAGGACAGCCUAGGUACUUGCUACGAAUGUUUUUUUAAAUAUCAAAUUUGUGUUGCAUGACAAGCAUAUGUACUAGAGAAUUUGUGCUGCAUGAUGACAAGCUGCAUAUGUACAAAACUAAACAUACACUGUUCAUCAUCAUCUGCGUUCAAAAUAAAUCGCAUGAGAAAUACUGAGUUAUCAACCUUUCUCCAGAUACCGCAAGACAGACGUCCAAGCUCCUCAGCUCCAGCCCAGACGAUGAGGAAGAGGUCAGCAACAAGCGGCCAAGAGCCCGCGGGGGCAAGAAGGCCGAAACCGUGACGACAGAAGAGCAAAUAGAACCAGAAAACCGGUGGUGGGCGAGUCUGGACGACGACGACGCGGAGGGGCUGCAAAAGGAGACAAUAAAAUGGAACACCUUGGAGCACCACGGUACAGAACAUUUGAUAGACUUAGGGUUCAUCUUGUCGCAACACAAAUUUCAGAUGAAAUCUCCAUAAGUAAUACAGCUCGGGUCACGACUUAUUUCUGAUGAUUGCGCACGACCACCUAGUGAGUUUAUCUUUUCGGAAAAAAUCCUCGUGGGAAUAUAUUCCUUGCGCAUGAUGGAUGCGCAUGAAAACUGGAAUUUUGAUUUCAUACGGGAUCACGUCGAUGUGGAUGUGUGAAAUUCCAAAAAAAAAAUCAAGGUAUCCUCUUCCCGGCCGAUUAUGAGCCGCAUAAAGUCCCCUUGAUGUACGGUCCCGGCGAGAAGGGCGAGUUCCAGCGCAAGCAGCCCAUCACGCUGCCGCCCGAAGUCGAAGAAAUGGCGACCUACUGGGCGGCGAACAUGGGCCUCCCCUCCGAAACGAGCGACAUUUUCAUCAACAAUUUCUGGAGCGAGUUUACCGAGAAGAUAAAAGAGGCGUCGAAGGCGGACCCCAAGUGGCGGGACCUGCCCAGCAAAAUCACCCACUUCCGGCAGUGCGACUUUUCCAAAAUCAAGGAAAAAUUAAACGCGGACCGGGACGCGCGGAAAGCGAUGACGAAGGAAGAGAAGGAAGCGGAAAAAGAUAUGAAGGCCAAAGCGGAGGAACAGUAAAUUAAUAGGAUAUUACUUUUGAUAGGUUUAUUUGUCAUGCGUGUCAUGCAAAAAUGAUGGGUUUUGUCAUGCGGGGGUCAUGCAAAAAUGAAAGAAACCUCCAAAAAUCGAACGCAGGUUCCGCUACUGCCUCAUCGACGGGUACCGAGAGAAAGUCGGCACGCUUAUGAACUGCAAAUAUGUCUGGGUCUGAAAGGUUAGAACUUGUCAUGCUAAAUCUGAAUCACGCAAAAAUCUGUGUUGCAUGAUUACCAAAUGCUGCCCACUUUUGAUGAAGUUGAGCGGCAGUUUCUCAUGCAGGACAGGCAUGAUAGUGAUCUCACGGAAUCUGUCAUGCUAGGUCCUCCAUUACAGAUCAUAUGGGUCAUGGAAAACCUGCAUGACAAGUCGCGCAAAGUUCCAGACCCAGACACUUUUGCAGUUGAUAACGCUGCGCGUGGAACCACCAGGGCUUUUCAAGGGCCGGGGCGAGCACCCGAAGCAGGGGAAGCUUAUUCAGGAAAAAAACUGUGUAAGUGUAACUUUGUAAAGAAGAUCAGCAUCACAAAUUCGUUUUGCAUAAUAUAGGGAAAAUAACCUGUCAUGCGCCGCUAGUAUCAGUGGAAACUACACCUAUGAAAGUGGCCUAUGAAGACGCACCUUUAGCAUGACAAGUGUAUUAAACAGUUUAGCACUUCCUGCAUCACAGACUUACACUUACACAGUUUUUUUCUUGCAUAAAGCUGAAAGACAGAAUAAUGCCGGAAAACGUCACCAUGAACUGCGACAACUGCUAUCAAAUGUAAAAAUCCCUGGAGAUCUGGAAGAAUGCAACUUGUGAUGCUAACUUUGGAUUCCAAAAAAAUCUGUAUUGCAUGACCAGCAAGAGGCGCCCAGUUUGUGCUACGCGGGGAGGGCAUUUGUCAUGCGGGAUAGGCAUCAGGAAGGGUUCUAAGAAUCUGUGAUGGUAGGGCAUACAUCACAAACAAUCCUGAGUCAUGCAAAAUAUGCAUGACAAACCUGGCAACUUUCCAGACCCAGACAUUUUUACAUUUGAUAACUGCCUCCCCCCGCCGAUAUGUACCGUGCCGGGACGGGCCUGGGAGCAGGUGGUGCACGACGACAGUGUCAAUUUAUCCAAGCGAGAAAAAUCUGGAAGCAGGUGGCAACUUGUCAUGGUAAAUCUGAAUCCUGUAAAAUAAAUCUGUGUUGCAUGAUGAUUAGUACCAAAAGCUGUCCACUUUUGACCAAGUUAGGAUGGAGUUUCUCAUCGACAGGAUUGGCAUGAUAGGGAUCUCACAGAAUGUCUGUCAUGCUAAGAGCCGCAUGCCAGACCUCAUGGGUGGUCAUGGAAAAUCUGCAUGACAAGUUUACACUUUUCCAGGGAUUUUUGCACUUGAUAGAGUUGGCUGGGGUACUACAAGCAAGAAACCGACGAAAAGGAAAUGACGAAAUACAUACAGGUAUAAUUUUUCAUAAAGGAUUAUUCUUUGUCAUGGGGAAACUCAAUGCUGGUGGUUCUCUGUCAUGCGGAAAUAGCAUCACAAAACACCAAUCACAAAACUCAGAUGGACAAGACAUCGGAGAUGAAGACCAAGCCAGAUCUGAUGAAAUACGAGCGGGCCAUAUGGAUUGCAAAUGUGUCUGGAUGUCUGGAAACUUGUAAUGCUAAAGGUGAAUGAUAGACGCACUGGAAUACGGAGCUAUGCAUGACAAAUUUUUUGGCUGCCAUGUCUUACGUAUUCCGCAUGGCAAGCUGCGUUCUUGCAUGACAGGCAAGAGGCCUUUUUCGUGCCUAUGCAACACAGAUGCCCGAGUCAUGCCAGACAAGCAUGACAAACUUGCAUUCUUCCAGCAGACCCAGACAUUUUUGCAUUCGAUAGGCCAGGCGGCUCUGCAAGAUUGUGGGGGACAUCCGCAAGGACUAUCAGUACAAGCUGACGAGCGGAGACACUUUGCUGAAGAAGCAGAUCGGCACCGCGGCCUAUUUUAUCGACCGAUUAGCCUUGCGAGUUGGUGGGGAGAAAAACACCGACGAGGAGGCGGACACAGUUGGCUGCUGCUCCCUCCUAUCAAUUGCAAACAUGUUGUCUGGGUCUGGAAGAUUCUGCGACUUGUUAUGCACGUUUUGCAUGAGCCACGAUGUCCGUAAUGCAUGCCCUAGCAUCACAGAUUUUUUGCGGGCUUCUUCAUGCCUACUCCGCAUGACAAAUGCCCUCUCCGCGUAGCAAAAAUUGCAUUCCCUUUGCUGCGCAGGCAAUGUAAAUUUUCUUCGGAAUUAUCCAAAUGCAGCAUCACAAGUUUUGCAGUUCUUCCAGACCCUGACAUUUUUGCAGUUGAUACCUCCGGGUCGAGCACGUCAAGCUGGACUUUGACAGCUACAAGGCCAACCCCAAUCGGUAUUCUGAGGAAAAUCGUCCCCGCCCCAGAGUUGUCAUGUAAAUGUGCAUGUCAAAAAAGUUUCGCAUGCGGCGCUUCAUGAGAAGCAUUGAUUUCUGGUCGUGUUUUGGAAUUUGUGAUGCUAUAACCAGCGCGAUAGGCUAGAUCUGUGAUGCAGCUUCUGAGCUACCUAGACAGGAUUACACUACGAGGAUAAACUUGUCAUGCGAACCAACCAAAGCUGGUUGAUUUGUCUUGCAGAUUUCCCAUCUUGACUCUGGUGUGGGGACGUUUUUACUCAGGAUAACCGGCCGAAGGUGACCCUAGACUUCCUCGGGAAGGACUCCAUCCGGUAUUUGAACGAGGUCAACGUGCUAUGGAUUGCAAAAAUGUCUGGGUCCUCUGGAAGAUUGCAACUUGUCAUGCUAAAUCCGAAUCAUGCAUAAAUCUGUGUUGCAUGAGUGUCAAAAGCUGUCCCCUUUUGACCUAGUUGAGAGGGAGUUUCUCAUGCGGGAGCGGCAUGGUAGAGACCUCAAAGAAUCUGUCAUGCUGGGUCUCGCAUUCCAGACCUCAUGGGUCAUGGAGAGCCUGCAUCACAAAUCUUGUAUUCUUCCAGACCCAGACAUUUUUGCCUUUGAUACGUGCCACCCAGCGUUUUCAAGAAUUAUGUAAAGUGCACCUGCUCGUCGUCCCCCUCAUUUGUCAUGAUCCAAAAAUGCCAUAGAGUUCUGAGCCUGUCUGAGUCUACUUUUGGCUCCUGUGCUCGCAUCACAAGUUCAUCUGGAAGGAGCCCAAACUGUUGUAAGCUCCGACGUGCGUGGACUUGUAAUGCAAAGACGGUAUUUUUUUUUUAUUUUUAGCUGGUUUCUGUUACUACAAGUACAAGACCAAGAGCAGUCCAAAGGAGGGGAAGGGGGGGGGUUGUGCACUUUCAUAAAUACCUCGCGGCGUUCAUGAAGAACAAGCAGAAAUCAGACGAACUGUUUAACCAAAUAAGCCCCAGCGACGUCAACAAUUACCUCCAGGAAUUCAUGCCGGACUUGACGGCAAAGGUACUCACAUGGCUAUUUUUUUGUCAUGCAAAGUGUCGUACUAUUUAUUUCUCGAUAGUCGUGUUAUUAUAUUUUUACAGUGGUCGUGAAAAUAAAUUUAUACGAAUGACGAAAUCAAUUUUUUUUGUCGUUAUAUUUUUCAUCAGGUGUUCCGUACCUACAAUGCGUCUUUUACGCUUGAGCAGCAGCUCGCGUUAUACGACAAGGGGAAGAAUGGCAGCAGCACCCAAGAGCUGAUCGCUUUCUACAACGACGCAAACCGCAAAGUGGCCGUUUUGUGCAACCACCAGAAAGCGGUGGCAAAAACGCACGGCGAGGGGGUAGAGAAGCUGAACCACAAGUACAGAGAACACAUGAUCAAACUGGAGUAUCUGAACGAGCACAAGGAAAAAUACCUAGACCAGAACAUCUCUGCGCCCGAGAGCCUGGACGAGUACGAAGCCUUUGCCAAUUAUGCAAGUGUCAGGAUUGCAAUCGACAAAGUUGAAAUAACUUGUAAUGCAUAAAAUGGCUGCCAGUUGUUGUAACCCAGUUUCCAAGUGUCGCAUGACAAAUUUGGGCAGAAUUGAAAUCCAGUUUGUCAUGUUGUUUGGGUAAGGGAGACGCCUUUUGUCAUGCCUCUUUGGCAGCGCUAUUUCUACCCCGCAACAGGCUUACAAUCUGCCUCCCUUGGUGCCUACUCUGCAAGACAGGCACUCUGUGGGUUGCAUUUUAUGCAUGACAAACUAUUUCAACUUUGACGAUUUCGAUUCUGACGCUUCCAUACCGAGGCGCGGUCGUUCAUGCACGAGCGGAAUACCCAGAUUAAAGAGGCCAACUAUGCAUUGCAAAAAUGUCUGGGUCUGGAAGGAUGCAACUUGUGAUGCAACCUUUGGACUCUACAGAAAAUCUGUAUUGCAUGAACAGCAAAAGAAAGUCCAGCUUGUUGCUACUCGGAGAGGGCAUUUCUCAUGCGGUAGGGGCAUCAGAAAGUCCUCGCAGAGUCUGUGAUGCUACGGCAUGCAUCACAGACAUCAUGGGUCAUGCAAAAUUUGCAUCACAAACUUCUGCAUUCUUCCAGGCCCAGACAUAUUUGCAUUUGAUGCCAACGCGGACGCGAGUAAUCCGAAAAAGGAAAAGGAGCUGACGAUAGACACCUUGGUGAAAGCGAAACUGCCCUCGUCCGUCGACGCUUGCGUGAAGCAAAUCGGGCAACAAAUGGAGCGCGUGAAGAAGGCGAAGCACGAAAUCGAGAUGAAGGAAGGAAUAUGAAUUGCAAAAGUAUCGUACUAGUAGAAAUCGCAUGACAAAUUUUAUCAGCAUGAUGAGGAAUGGAAUUUGUGAUGCGGGUUCACCCAAAGAAGAAGAAGAUUUGUGAUGCAUGACUGCAUUUGCUACGAGUACGAUACUUUUGCACAGGAUAAGGAAACAAGAACGUUUCCCUGACGACGUCAAAAAUCAACUACAUGGACCCGAGGAUAACCAUCGCCUUCUGCAUAUGCAUUACAAACAUCUUUGGGUCUGGAAGAACAAGAAUCCGGUGAACUUGUCAUGCAAACUUAGGAUAGUUUUUACGCAUGAAUUCCAAAGGCUGUCCACUUUUUGCUACGGAAAUUAUCGCGAGUUUCUCAUGCAGACUGGGCAUCAGGAGACCUGGACAAGAGUGGUAUUAUGCUUUUGCGCGCAUAAUACACAAUUCCAGAGCAGCUAUGUGGUCCAAAAGAUGCAUGACAAAGAACUUGCGUCGAAAUCUUUUUCUUUCAGACCCAAAAGUAUUUGCGUUCCAUACUGCAAGCGCGUGAAUCUCGACGUGAACAAGGUCUUUAGCAAGACCAUCCUGCAGAAGUUCCCCUGGGCCAUGGACGUCGUGAAGGAGUACAAAUUUGUCAAGGACGCAGGGCAGAACAAGCGUGUCGCGCAGGGCAACGGAGUCGCGAAUGGGGAGCCGGGACUGAAAAAACAGAGGGUCAUGUAGGAAGGAACGAUCUACCGUUCUGAAUGUUCUUGGGACCAAGUCGAUAGACAUAGAAGAAGAGUCGGCAGGUGCUGUUGAGUUCGUAAACUUCUGCCUUCGCAUAAUCCGGGCUAGUUUUAGCUCCGUGAGUAGAUGAACCGCAGCUGCGACUUGGUGGAGAGAUGAUGCAAUACUUGGACAAUUGAAAACUACAACAAGAAAUCUGAAGACGGCAACAUCAAAAAGACACGACUCUAUCCUAUCGGAAAAAAGCACGGCUACCCCUAUCGGAAAAAACAAGCACCGUGGAGCAAAAGCUCUGUGUGUAUUGAAACAUUUUUUCAAAAUUCUUACUCUCGUAGUUCUAUUAAUACCACUCUAUUUCAUCACAUAAUCCACUCGAGAAUAUAUCGUCGAACAAUUUGAAAAAUCCUCGUCGGAAGCGAAGCAAUCGAUGUUAAGGUCAAAAAAAGCAACCGGAUGUUGUUGGAACAACAAGUAGACAAAAGAUCCAUGUUUAUCUUUUUAUCGACUCGGAAUCAUUAUAACCGAUAAUCCUAAAAAAUCCUAAUCCUAAACCAGUUGUCUGUUCUGAAUCUUCUUCAUGGAGGUUGUGGAAGUUCUCCGCCCUUCUAUCUUCGCGCAUAAUCAUCUGUAGUUCGAAUUAUGCCGCUGCUCGAGGGCGGGGUAGUAGAUCUACAGCUUAGAGUACUUACACGAUGAGCUUAUCUCUACGGAGGACGAAGUAGAAGACCGGCCCCCGCGGGGGUAAGUAGUUGCAUUGUUUCUCGGUAUGUUUUAGAAUGUUAAAACAGCACUACUUGUUGCGCUUCAUCUCUUUCUACGGCUGUACUUGUACCAAAAAUGAAAAAUCACCAUGGAUGAAGGAAAGGCAAAAUAAAUGUGCUUGACUGCUGUACUAGAGGUCGAAGAAUAUGUUGCGAAGCAGGACGAAACUCCGAAGGCGAAAUUCAUGCGAAAUGUAAACCACGCCGCGUUGAAUCUUUAUUGUACAUAGGCUAUUUGGCCAGCACUUCUACAACGCGUGAAUCAAGAAGAAAAAGCAUCAAAAUGUUGGCCGCGCGCCAAGCGACGUCGAAAGCGGCGGCGCAACGGAAAUUUCGUCGAUGCUGUUGCUGCACCAGGGCAGAACAACAAGAAAAAUGG